GUUGCUCGGUUGUUCCCUUCCCUUGUCCCCCAAAUCACCCCAGACCAAAUCCCACCAGCUCCUCCAUUUCCACCCUCUCCCAAACCGAUGGCCGGAGGCGGCGGCGCGGGCUCCUCGUCGGGCGGGAGGGAGGGCGACUGGGACUGCGGCGGCUGCGGCAACCGCAACUACGCCUUCCGCUCGCUCUGCAACCGCUGCAAGCAGCCGCGCCUCCUCGUCGAUCCCCACACCCCGCGUGACUCCAAGUGGCUUCCCCGCGCCGGGGACUGGAUCUGCACCGGUUGCAGUAACAAUAAUUAUGCAUCCAGAAAUAACUGCAAAAAGUGUGGCCUGCCCAAGGAGGAAGCAGCAAUGCCAGCAUUUCAAAUGGCAGGGAUGGCUAUGCCAGCGUAUGCAAAUUAUAUUGCAAGAUUACAAAGCAUUGCUGCUUCUGGCUAUAAGAUGAACUUUGGGAUGGCUGGCAAUUCACCGUUGCAGCAGCAACUACUUGCAAACGCAAACUGGUCCUAUGGCUUGGCUGGUAGAUAUGGGAUGCAAUCUUCUGGUUGGCCAUUUGGCAGCAGCAACACAAAUCAGUUUGCAGGUGUUCCAAAAGAUUGGCGUAAUGGUGACUGGCUCUGUAGCUGUGGGUUUCAUAACUAUUCAUCUCGUACUCAGUGCAAAGAGUGUAAUGCCCCUGUACCAUCAGGCAUGCCCUCCACAACAAUGAAAAAUACAACAUCAGACGCAUCUUCCACAUUACGAACUAAGCGGUUGGCAUCUGAGGAACUUGCCAAUGACUGGGAUAACAAAAGACUAAAUCCAGGAAAUGCCAGUUAUCCGCUUUCAACUGCAGGGUCAGAUAACUUAUUUUUGGGUAUUGAGCAAGGAGCUGGAAGCAGCAAUGGCCAGGCAGCUUAUUCCAAGUUUGACAAUGGGAGCUCAAUGGCAUUAGCAUCUGGGCAAGUGAUGCCUGGUCUUAUGGGAAAAGGGGCAAAAUGGCGCGAAGGAGACUGGAUGUGCAGCAACUGCAACAAUCACAAUUAUGCAUCUCGUGCAUUUUGCAACAGGUGCAAAAAUCAGAAAGAAUCUUCAGUUCACCCUGGUGUGCUAUAGCUUCUCUGCAAUGUUUUGAAGUUUUGCAAUAUUUUGAAGUUUCCAGGAUAUGUUACUGCCGGUUUGUAGCUCCCCUGCCAGGACUGUUCAGCUAGUGCUUUUCAUUCUGCAGUUUUGCUGCUCCCAAAUGUUUGCGUCUGUGUCACUAGUGUAUGUUGAAGUUCCUGAUUUAUUUAUGUUAUAAGCGCUUGAAUAAAAUGUUUCCCGAUUUUGGAAUAAUUGAAUUAGUUAUGUAAUGAAUCAAUGGUGAUAGACUUAAUGUUGUACUUUUAUCAUCUCAUGUAGUGUUGUACCAGACUGUAAUGUUGCUUCAUGUUUCCUUAUUCCAAAUUCAAAUUUCAUCAAAUGGAGAACGAUAUCCAAAUCAAUUUGGUGUAGCUUUCGGAUA